AUGUUCCCGUCGCCGUCGCCGCCGCCGCAUCACAUACCUCUGCUUGAACAAGAGCAUCCACCGCUCAAGUCUGCGCGUCAACACAAUGUCAAUAUACCGCAUCCCACCGAUCCGGAAUACGCCCAUUACAGAUCCGUACAGCAUGUUGCGCUUGCAAAUGCUGUCAGCGAGCUUUGGAAGGAGCUGUCUUCGCGGAGCGCUGUGGAACAUCUGAAAUUAGAGAGCGAAAAGCUGAUCGUACGAUACUACAGCCAGAGUAAGCUCUCACAGCAGGAGCUGGCCGAUCUCCAGAAGGCCACCCACUUCGACAAGAAGGAGUUGCAGCAAUGGUACAAGGGUUUCCUGAAGGACUGCCCAUCCGGCAUGCUCACUAAGGAGGAGUUCCAGAAGAUCUACAAACAAUUCUUCCCGUUCGGGGAUCCGUCAUCGUUUGCAGAUUACGUCUUUAAUGUCUUCGACGCGGACAAGUCAGGCACCAUCGACUUCAAGGAAUUCAUCUGCGCGCUCAGCGUUACAAGUCGAGGAAAGAUGGAGGACAAGCUUGACUGGGCAUUCCAGCUGUACGACAUCGACGGCGACGGCAAGAUUAGCUACGAGGAAAUGCUGGCGAUUGUAGAGGCCAUCUACAAAAUGGUCGGCUCCAUGGUCAAACUUCCCGAGGACGAAGAUACUCCAGAGAAGCGUGUGCGCAAGAUCUUCCGGAUGAUGGACAAGGAUGAGAACGGCAGCUUAGACAUGGCCGAGUUUAAGGAAGGCUCCAAGCGUGACGAGACGAUCGUAUCAGCGCUGUCUCUCUACGACGGGCUGGUGUAG